AUGCCUGGUUUCUGGCUUCUUGACGUACAUACAACCCACCCCCGCCUCCAGCUCCAGCUUGACCUGGAAGCACUUGCGUGGAUGCGUCCCGCAAGUGCAGGCGAGAUCGCGACAGUGCAUUUCCCCACAGCUGAGGGAACUGAAGAGUUAUCGAGACACGGGAAUCCGAAUGCUCCUACCUGGCUAUGUUGCUUGCAUAUCUUCCAAUAUCAAUUCCAAGACAAUGAUCUGGAUGAGACGGAACCCCAGAAGAUUUGA